AUGGGUAUCAAGGGCCUGACUCAGGUCAUCAGCGAGAAUGCUCCUGCUGCCAUGAAGAAUCUUGAAAUCAAAUCUUUCUUUGGUCGCAAAGUCGCGAUUGAUGCUUCCAUGUCACUCUACCAAUUCCUUAUUGCCGUUCGCCAGAAUGAUGGUCAACAGCUGCAAUCAGAGUCCGGUGAGACGACUUCUCAUCUCCUCGGCAUGUUUUAUCGUACCAUUAGAAUUGUAGACAAUGGCAUCAAGCCAGUCUAUGUCUUUGACGGUGCCCCACCCAAGCUCAAAUCUGGCGAGCUUGCCAAGCGUAUCGCGCGCAAUGCUCAAGCGAGCAAAGACGCAGCUGAAGCAAAAGAAACAGGUACAGUUGAAGAGGUGGACAAGUUUUCCCGACGAACAGUGCGCGUUACGCGCCAACACAAUGAGGAAGCCAAACUACUCCUCAAGUUGAUGGGCAUUCCAUUUGUUGAAGCACCAUGUGAGGCUGAGGCUUGCUGUGCACAGCUUGCCAAAUCUGAGAAAGUCUUCGCUGCUGCGUCUGAAGAUAUGGACACGCUCUGCUUUGAUGCCCCGGUACUACUUCGCCACUUGACCUUUUCUGAAGCACGAAAAGAGCCCAUCAGCGAAAUCACAACCUCUAAAGUUCUGACUGGCUUGGGUCUGACGCGCGAUCAGUUUAUUGACAUGUGCAUCUUACUAGGAUGCGACUAUUGUGAUGCGAUCCGCGGUAUUGGCCCUAAAAAGGCACUCGAACUCAUCAAGGAGCAUGGUGACAUUGAGCACAUUCUCGAAUCGCUCAAGGGCAAUAAGAAGUUUGAAGUGCCAGAAACUUGGCCGUAUAAAGAUGCGCGUGAGCUAUUCAAGAAUCCAGAUAUUCCGCGCAUUAAGACAUCCAUUGCAGACUUGACACUUGAAUGGAACGAGCCAGACGUCGAUGCACUCAUUGCAUUUCUAUGUGACGACAAGGGCUUUGAUGUUCAGCGUGUCCGCAACGGCGCCGACAAGUUACGCAAGGCCACGAAGCAAAAGCAGCAAGGCCGUCUCGAUAGCUUCUUUAAACCUAUUCCUGGCGCAACAACGACGAAGCGCAAGGCACCGGAAAAGAGCACAAAAAAGAAGCCAGCAACGAAAAAGACCAAACAGUAA